AUGGGGCUAAGAAUUGCCAGCCUCUUUAUGCUCUGGCUGGCUCUUUCCAACACAAAUGAAAUAAGAAAAGGAAGGACAAGAAAUCACGGACACUAUGUCUGCAGCACUUGGGGAAACAACCACUUCAAAACUUUUGAUGGAGACAUCUAUCAAUUUCCUGGCAUUUGCGAGUAUAAUUUUGUUUCCGACUGCCAAGAGACUUACAAGGAGUUCUCUGUCCACAUUCAGCGUGGUCUGAACAGCAAUAACCACCCUGAGAUCCAGUAUAUUCUAUUAACAAUCAAGGAUUUCACGGUGUACCUCCAACCAAAACUGACUGUGGUGGAUGGGCGGAUAGUCAAAACACCUUACUACAGCUCUGGUUUGCUUAUUGAGAGCAGUGACAUUUACACCAAGGUUUAUGCCAAGUUAGGCCUGAUUCUGAUAUGGAAUCAGGAAGAUGCACUGAUGGUGGAGCUGGACAGCAAGUUUAGCAAUCAGACAUGUGGUCUUUGCGGGGAUUACAAUGGAAUUCCAAUCUACAAUGAGUUUAUCAGUGGAAUUGCAAGCUACAAUGCAAUUACCUAUGGGAAUUUACAGAAGAUCAGCAAACCCAAUGACAAAUGUGAAGACCCCGAUGAAACUCUGGCUCUUCCAAGCUGUAAUGAGCAUCGUGAUGAGUGUGAGAGGCUGCUGACCUCCUCUGCAUUUGAUGACUGUCAGUCACGCCUUAAUUUGGAAAUGUACAUCCAAGCCUGCAUGCAGGACAAGUGUGCAUGUAAUAGAAAUGAGGACUCCUUCUGCCUCUGCAGCACCAUCUCGGAGUAUUCUCGUCAGUGUUCGCAUGCAGGUGGCCGGCCGGGUGAAUGGAGGACACAGUCCUUUUGCUCCAAGACCUGUCCUGGCAACAUGAUCUAUAGAGAAAGUGGCUCACCCUGCAUGGAUACUUGCUCACACUUGGAGAUCAGCAGCCUUUGUGAGGAGCACUACAUGGAUGGUUGUUUCUGCCCUGAAGGAACUGUGUAUGAUGAUAUUACUGAAAAAGGCUGCAUACCUGUUAGCCAGUGCCACUGCAGACUCCAUGGAAAGGGAUAUUCCCCUGGAGAAAGCAUUACCAAUGAAUGUGAAGAAUGCACCUGUGAUUCAGGCAGAUGGACAUGCAAAGAUUUACCCUGUCCAGGCACGUGUUCAGUGGAAGGAGGUUCCCAUAUUACUACCUUUGAUGGGAAGAAAUAUACCUUCCAUGGAGACUGUUACUAUGUGUUGGCCAAGGGUACUGUAAAUGAUACUCAUGCCCUCCUGGCAGAGCUGGCUCCUUGUGGCUCGACAGAUGGACAGACCUGUUUGAAGACUGUUGUGCUGUUAGUAGAUGCCAAAAAAAAUGUGGUGGUUUUCAAAUCAGAUGGCAGCGUGUUACUGAAUGAGAUGACAGUGAAUGUGCCUCAUGUAUCAGCCAGCUUCUCAGUUUUCAAGCCAUCUUCCUACUACCUCAUUGUACAAACUUCUUUUGGGCUUCAACUGCAGAUCCAGUUGUUUCCGAUCAUGCAGCUGUUUGUGACUGUUGAUCAAUCAGUCCAAGGAAAUCUUCAAGGUCUUUGUGGAAAUUUUAACGGAAUGGAAGGUGAUGACUUUAAAACAACCAGUGGGUUGGUAGAAGCUACAGGAUCUGCCUUUGCUAACACAUGGAAAGCUCAGUCUGUCUGUGCAGACCAGGCAGAAAGACUGGAAGAUCCCUGCAGUCUCAGCAUUGAAAGUGCAAAUUAUGCUGAGCAUUGGUGUUCUUUGCUGAAAAACUCAGAGGGCCCUUUUGCAAGAUGUCACUCAGUCAUUGAUCCUUCAGAAUACUAUAAGAGAUGUAAAUAUGACACCUGCCUCUGCAAGGACAAUGAAGAAUGCUUGUGUGCUGCCCUGUCCUCUUACUCAAGAGCCUGUGCUUUCAAAGGGAUCAUACUGGGAGGCUGGAGACAAGGCAUCUGCACUGGUGAACUGUCUACCUGCCCAGGAAAUCAAAUCUUCCUUUACAAUCUUACAAUGUGUCAGCAAACCUGUCGUUCCAUUGCUGAUGGUGAAAAGCACUGCUUGCAAGACUUUGCUCCUGUGGAUGGCUGUGGCUGCCCAGAUAAUACAUACUUGGAUAACCAGGAUACAUGUGUGCCUGUCUCCAAAUGCCCGUGUUAUUACAAGGGGUCAUACCUGGAACCAGGGGAAUAUGUCAGAAAAGAUGGAGAGCGUUGUGUUUGCCGAAAUGCAAAGGUCCAGUGUACUUCAGUGUUCAUGAGAAUGAAAAGUAUAACAGAAUGCCCUUCUAACAAAACGUACUUUGACUGCAACACCUCCCCGAACUGGUCUUCACAAACGCCUAUACAACUUCGCUGUGGUACUCCUCAAACCGAUCAUUACCAAGCAGAGUGUGUCUCAGGCUGUGUGUGUCCUGAAGGUUUGUUUGAUGAUGGCAGAGGGGGCUGCGUUAAGGAAGAAGACUGCCCAUGUUUUCAUAACAAUGAGUGGUAUAAUCAUGGACGGAGCAUAGCAGUGGACUGCAACACCUGUACCUGUCAGAAAGGAGUCUGGAGCUGCACUGAAACAACGUGCUAUGGGACUUGUAUGAUCUAUGGCAGUGGCCACUAUAUCACAUUUGAUGGAAAAUUCUAUGACUUUGAUGGGAGUUGUGAAUAUGUGGCUACUCAGGAUUACUGUGGUGACAAAAAUUCUGUCGGCUCGUUCAGUAUCAUCACAGAGAAUGUCCCUUGUGGAACUACAGGUGUCACUUGCUCAAAGGCUAUUAAAAUGUUUCUGGGGAAAACUGAGCUGAAGUUGGAGAACAAAGAUUAUAAAGAAAUUCAGCGAGAUGUUGGUGAUGAUGUGUAUUACUGGAACAAGACAGUAGGCCUCUACCUCGUUAUUGAGGCUAGCAAUGGUGUGAUGCUUAUCUGGGAUAAGAAGACCACAGUUUUCAUCAAGCUGACCCCUGAUUACAAAGGCAAAGUGUGCGGUCUGUGUGGCAACUUUGAUGACAAGUCUAACAAUGAUUUUACAACCAGGAGUGGGCUGCAGGAGACUAACGCUCUGACAUUUGGGAAUUCCUGGAAACAGUCUUCUAUGUGUCCAGAUGUCACAGAAGAGGUUAAGCCCUGUGAUUUGAAACCACAUCGCAAGUCCUGGGCAGAGAAAGAAUGCAGCCUCAUCCUGGGUGAAGUCUUCAAAAUUUGUCACUCCAAGGUGAACCCAACUCCUUUCUACGAUGCCUGUGUUCAUGACGCCUGCUCUUGUGACAGUGGUGGAGACUGCGAUUGCUUCUGUUCUGCAGUUGCUGCAUAUGCUCAAGAAUGUACCAAGGCUCAGGCCUGUGUUUUCUGGAGAACUCCUGACAUAUGCCCAAUAUUUUGUGACUACUAUAACCCUCGUGAUGUGUGUGAAUGGCACUAUGAGCCUUGUGGCAGCGAUGUCAUGACCUGCAGGAUGAUUAAUAAUGUCAGCACCAAUUUUUCAGUACCAUACCUGGAAGGUUGCUACCCCAGAUGCCCUGAGAAGACACCCAUUUAUAAUGAAGAGACAAAGGAAUGUGUGACUUCAGAUAAAUGUUGGUGUUAUGUCAAUGGUAGUCCUGUUCGCCCCGGCGAAGAAAUACCUACAGAAGACAACUGUACAAAAUGUGUCUGUGGCCCCUCAGGAUCCAUUGAUUGUACACCGAUCCCAGCAUGUCCUUGUGUCAUCAAUGGAACGAGAUACGAAGUGGGAGAGACUGUGGCAGUAAUAGAGGAUGGCGGCAUAUGCACUAUAUAUGUUUGUGCAGAAAAUAGUUCUGUAGUUCCUGCAAACACUACUUCUUGUCCAUGGACUACUCCACCUUCAACACCUACAAUACCUUCAACACCUACAAUACCUUCAACACCUUCGACACCUUCUUCAACUUCAACCAUUAUAACCAGCACUGGUACAGCUACAAUUACAACCAUAGUUACUACUUCAGGAACUACAACUCCAUGCCUUGGAUUCAUCUGUGAUUGGUCUCAGUGGUAUGAUGUUAGUAAACCUGAAGAAGGUGGUGGUGACUAUGAAACCUAUUAUGAAAUAAAUAAACAUGGACAUAAAAUAUGUGACCUUCCUGAAAACAUUGAAUGCAGGGCUAAAAAUCAGCCUGAUUUAAGCUUAGAGCAACUUGGCCAGAAAGUGGAGUGUAAUGUUACAUAUGGACUCAUCUGUAAAAAUGAGGAGCAAGACACAAGUAUCUGGCAUCUUUGCUAUAAUUAUGAAAUCAGAGUAAACUGUUGUGAGUGGCAGGAAAUUCCUUGUGAGACUCCAACUACAAGCCCAGUCACCAUCAGAACAACAAUACCCACAAGUACUGCAACCCUGCCGACAAAAUCAACUACCAGCCCACCAAUACCCACUCCAGCCACCAUAAGCCAAACCACGCCAUCAGUUACCAGCCCAGUAACUUCGGCCUCCACAGUACCAACCACUACUCCCACACCAACUCCAUCGGAGUCUUCCAGCAGUACAACCACCAGCAUGCCACCCUUGAGCACCACCAGCACCCUGGGGACAACGACAACAGUUCCUAGCACAUCAGUACCCACUCCAACAGUUACAAGCAUGGUCCCACCAACAAUAAGAACUCAAACCCAGCCGCCUCCAACUACACUACCAUCAAAUUAUUGUGACUGCAUAUGGACAGGCUGGUACGAUGUGAGUAAGCCAAACAAUUCCGAUGUAAACAGUGGGGACUACGAAACGUUUGAGAAUAUCAAGAACUACAGUGCAAACUGGGAAUGCCUGAAAGCUGAGAAUAUCUCAUGCAGAGCAACGGAUCAGCCGGACACACCACUUGCAGAUUUAGGGCAGAAAGUGGAAUGUAAUGUUGACACAGGCCUCAUCUGCAAUAAUAAAGAUCAGGUAAACAGUGAUACUAAAUACUGCCAUAAUUACGAGAUUAGCAUUUGCUGCAUCCAGAAAGAGGAGUGCAUACCAAGUACAGAAUACAGAACCAGUACGCCCACAACAGUGUACACAACAACAAGCACUGCUUCAACUACAACUCUGUUGACAACAACACGCCCGCCGGUCUCAACGACAGGUCCCAGCAGUACCACCAGUGGCACAACGUCCUCCGUCACCAGCACCCCGGGGACAACGCCUGUUACUCCUCCACCGACCCCGUCCCCGACUACCCUGACUACUACCAGCGCAUCCACUCCCACACCAACACACACCACCUCCCUGUCACCUCCGUCCUCAACAAGCCAAGGAACUACUUCUCAUGUUAUCACGACUGUAACAGCGUCAAGUAGCACUGAGGAAACUAGCACCGGGACUGGCUUUCCUUCGACAUCGUCACCUACCAUUCCUUUUAGCACGCCAACCCAGGGAUCAUCUUCCCCAUUGUCAACUCCAUCUAUCAGUACUUCAACUUCUGUAUCAACAACCCCAUCAGAAGUCACUACUUCAGGAACAACUCCCACCACAUCUUUUACCACUACUUCAGGAACAACCUCUACUCCUUUUACCAAUGUCACUUCAAACACCAUUACCACGUCUGCAAUUUUUCCCCCUGGUUCAACUAGUACUUCUGGCACUACUCCAACAUCAAGUGCAGUCACUGUUCCCGGAAGUUCCACCUACAGCACAGUUACCACACUCAGUACUUCAAGUUCAACUCCCAGACCUGGGUCAAAUUGUACCAUUUCACCUAAUGAAACAUAUGCGCCAGGUGAGUCGUGGUGGCCGUGUAACUGCACUAUGGCAGUAUGUGUAGAAAAUAAUACAGUCCAGCUGUUUCCAGUCAUCUGUGAGCCACCUCCUAAACCCACAUGUGCCAAUGGUCUUGCUCCUGUGCAAGUCCUUGAUGACGAUCAAUGCUGUUGGCAUUGGGAGUGUGAUUGCUACUGCACUGGCUGGGGAGACCCACACUACAUGACUUUUGAUGGAUUGUACUACAGCUAUCAAGGGAAUUGCACAUAUGUUCUUGUGGAAGAGAUUAAUAAAACAGUCGACAACUUUGGUGUCUACAUUGAUAACUACCAUUGUGAUGCACGAGAUGUAGUCUCAUGUCCACGAACGCUCAUUGUGAGACAUGAGACUCAGGAAGUGCGCAUAGCAACAGUACAACUAAAUACCCUACAAGUAGAGGUGACUGUAAACAAACAGACAGUGGCUUUGCCUUAUAAAAAAUUUGGAGUGAGCAUCUAUGAGUCAGGCAUAAAUCGUGUAGUGGAAAUUCCUGAGCUUAAAAUGAAUGUGUCCUACAAUGGCUUGUCCUUUUCUAUCAGAAUGCCCUACAGCCUGUUUGGAAAUAACACUCAAGGACAGUGUGGUACUUGCAAUAACAACACAGCAGAUGACUGCAGGUUACCGAAUGGAAACAUUGCAGAAAACUGUGAAACCAUGGCAGAUCAUUGGCAAGUUGUUGAUCCCUCCAAACCACAAUGCUCUCCAGGCCUAAUUCCUACAAAAUCACCUGGCACAACCACAGGACAGCCUUGCAAAGAAUCUUCCAUCUGCAAGCUUAUUUUGGGAAGUGUGUUCAAGAAGUGCCAUGCAGUUGUAAACCCUGAUAGGUUCUAUGCAGCCUGUGUUUUUGAUAGUUGUGCACUUCCCAGCUUAGACCUGGAAUGCUCAAGUCUGCAGAUCUAUGCUGCCAUCUGUGCUGAUCAAAAUGUCUGCAUUGACUGGAGAAGUCAUACAAAUGGUGUUUGCUCUUAUGAAUGUCCCAAACAUAAAGAAUAUAGAGCAUGUGGUCCUAGUAAAGAGAUAACCUGCAAAUCAAGUCAGCAGAAUGAAACCGCAGUUAAACAAGUGGAAGGCUGUUUCUGUCCUAAUGGUACAAUGCUGUAUGACUCUGGUGUGGACGUCUGUGUAAACACCUGCGGCUGUGUUGGAUUGGAUAUGGUACCAAGAGAGUUUGGGGAAAGGUUUACAGCAGACUGUCAGGACUGUAUUUGCCUGGAAGGUGGAAGUGGCAUUGUAUGUGAGCCUCACAAAUGUCCCAGUCAAAAUAAGCAGAGUUGUAACGGAAACGGCUUCUAUGAAGUCAAUGAAGUCAAUCCUGAAGACUCCUGUUGCCCCAUUGUCACCUGCAAAUGCAAUACAAGCUUGUGCACAACUGAACCCCCCAAGUGUACACUGGGAUUUGAAGUUUAUUCUCAUAUUCCCAGUGAUCAGUGCUGUCCUGUGUACGAGUGUGUUCCCAAGAGGGUUUGUGUACAUCAGAAUGCUGAGUUCUUGCCUAAUUCCUCAGUCUUUGUUGAUAAGUGUCAGAAUUGCUUCUGCACUAACGAAGUUAAUAUCAGCACUCAACUGAAUGUCAUCUCCUGUGAACACGUUCCAUGUGACACAUAUUGUGAACCUGGAUAUGAACGACAAUCAGUGAAAGGUGAAUGUUGUGGAAAAUGUGUGCAGACUAAGUGUAUUAUACAUGCAUCACACAGUUCCAACCUCAUAUUGAGUCCUGGAGAGUUUGUAAAAGAUCCUUAUGACAACUGCACCAUUUACAGCUGUACAAGUCUCCACAACCAGCUUAUCUCUUCCACAUCUGAAAUUACCUGUCCAGCGUUUAAUGAGGAGAGCUGCAAACCUGGAACUAUUACAUUCUUACCUAACGGUUGUUGCAAAACCUGUAUACCUCUGGAUAGUCCCACACCAUGCUCUGUCCGUGAAAGAGAAGACUUUAUUGUCUAUAAGAACUGCCGUUCUGUGGAGAGAGUUGUCAUGACUGAAUGUGAAGGAACAUGUGGAACUUUCUCCCUAUACUCUGUUGAGGCCAAUUCUUUGGAGCACAGCUGUUCCUGCUGCAGGGAAGCAAAAACUAGCACAAGGGAAGUGGAACUGAAAUGCCCCUCUGGGAGCUCAAUUCAACAUAAGUAUGUAUAUGUGGAAAGCUGCAGCUGCCAGGACACUCAUUGCAACAUCCCACAAUCCAGUGAGCCUCUGAGCAUAGAAGAAAGUCACGAGAGCACUCCGACUGCAUCGGAAGGGCCAUCAGUUUAACAACAAAAUGAAGGCGAAGAAACCUAACUGCAUUCAAAGGGACUAUGCACUGCUCUCAUCUUCCUUGACUACUUUUAAACUUUGCCUUUCCCAGUUACUGUAUUCUAUGUGUUCUCUGACUAUUUUUAACAGUGCUCUAUUUAUUUGUGUACAAAAGUACAGUGAACUUUCUCCUAAGUGCAUAGCCCUCUGAAUUGUUUUAUAAUCAACUU